AUGGCUGCAUCGAUCGUACCAACGCUCGCACUCCUGGCCUCGUCCGCCGCAGCGCUCAGCGCGCCAACAUCAUCAGCCGCAGCGCUCAGCGCGCCGCCAGCGUCGGCGACGAUCGCAUCGAUCAACCCCUGCCCGCGGCGCCAGCUGCUCACGUAUGUGGCGCACACGGGCGGCGGCAAGGUCAGCGGCGGCGAGGUGCUCGCGAAGCGCGAGGACUCGGAGUGGCUGACCGUGGGGCGCAUCGCCGCGGCCGACGACACGUUCGAAGCGCUCAGCGCCGCCGCCGCGCGCCAGGAAAGAUUGAUCGCCGAACACGCGACGCGGCUCUACACCGAGCUGCGGCGGAAGCCCGGCGACGGGAGCCCGCCCAUCGAGCUCGGCCUGCGCAUCGACGACGACGUCGUCGCCGUGCCCGCGCCAAUGAGACGCGACUUCGUCGACGCGGCGACCAUGACCGCGGGCGGCUUCCGGGGCUUCCCGAAGAAGGCCGGCGGGUCGGACAUGUACGCGCAGUACGACCUCGGCGAAGACGUCUACGGCCUGCCCUACGACCGCGCGGCCGUGCGCGCCGAGCUCGCGCGCCUCGUCGAGGGCGACGCCGUCGUCGUCUUCGGCUGGAGCUCCUGCUUCUUUUGUGUGGACGCGGAGCAGAAGCUGCGGGACGCGGACGUGCCGUUUCGAGCCGUGCACGUCGACCUCUGGCGGCGGUCGCCGGACGUCUGGCACGACGCGGACGCCGACGACUCGGGCUCGGGCGCGGCGCGCGCGGCAAAGAACGUGCGCAAGGCCACGAACCCUUUGCAGGCCGAGCUCGCGCUCCUCACGGGGCGAUGCUCCGUGCCCGUCGUCUUCGUGAAGGGCGAGCUGCUCGCCGCCGGCGACGACGACGCGCACGGCAAGGUCGACGACGCCCUCGCGUCGGGCGACAUCGCGAUCGCCCUGGCGGGGAACGCGCCCUGGACCGCGCCGCCGGGCUGGGCGCCGCCGCCCGCGACGCGGACGUGUCGCGUCUGCCGCGAGAAGUACUCGGACGCGACGAACGGCGACCGCAGCUGCUGCUACCACCCGGGCUCGCUGCGCGGCGAGUCCGCGAGGAAGGGUGACUGGGACGACGCGGCGCAGGGGCGGCCGACGGCGUCGGGCGACGGCGGCGAGCUCGUGUGGACCUACUCCUGCUGCGGCCAGGCCGACGGCGCGCCGGGCUGCACCUACGACCGCUGCCGGAGCUACGACGACCCGUAA